AUGAUAAUUCAAAAUGCUGUUGAAAGAUACAAGAGUUUUGGUUACAACGAGCUUGUGGUGAGCAAGGAAGACCCAAUAUGGAAAAAAUAUUUAGAACAAUUCAAGAAUCCGCUUAUAAUACUUCUUCUAGGAUCAGCUGCUGUGAGUUUGAUAUUGCAGCAGUUCGAUGACGCUGCGAGUAUAACACUUGCCAUCGUCAUCGUCGUUACAGUUGGAUUCGUCCAGGAAUACAGGUCUGAACAGACUCUUGAGAAACUUAAGAAGCUUGUUCCCCCAGUCUGCACUUGUAUCAGGGAUGGAAGAGAGGAGAUAUUUGAAGCAAAAUAUUUGGUUCCUGGAGAUUUGGUUAUACUUACUACAGGAGAUAGGGUUCCUGCAGACAUACGGCUGAUAUCCUCCUUCGAUAUCUCUAUUGAUGAGUCUAGUCUAACGGGGGAGACAGAACCGGUUCGGAAAAAUGUAAAUCCGGUUCAGAAAUCAGAAUCUAUUGAUCCAUCACAGAUGAAGAAUACAGCAUUUAUGGGAACUAUGUUGAGUGGGGGACGGGGGACCGGGCUUGUGGUUGCUACUGGAGAAAAAACUCAGUUCGGUCAGGUUUUCAGAAUGAUGUCGGAGGAAGAAUCUCCACCCACACCCCUUCAGAACUCGAUGAACCUGCUGGGCAAGCAGUUGUCUGCCUACAGCUUCCUGGUCAUCUUCCUAAUCAUGGUCAUCGGGCUCAUACAGGGGAAGAAGAUGCUCAGCAUGUUUAACAUCGGGGUGAGUUUGGCUGUAGCCGCUAUCCCUGAGGGUCUCCCUAUAGUGACCACGGUCACCCUGGCCCUUGGUGUGAUGAGGAUGGCCAAGAGGCAGGCCAUCGUCAAGAAGCUGCCGACUGUUGAGGCCCUCGGGUGCGUGAAUGUGAUCUGCAGUGAUAAAACAGGAACUAUAACUUGUAACGAGAUGACGGUAACAACAAUUGUAACAGCUUGUGGAGAUGAAGUUAAGGUAAGUGGAACGGGAUAUAAUACCGAUGGAAGAUGUGAUAUUGUCGAAAGUCAGAACUUCGAGGCCACACAGUCCGACCUCGAGAUCAUUGCUCAAAUAGCCACGCUCUGCAACAACGCGCACAUAGCAGGGGAGGUGCUGCGCGGCCAGCCUACAGAGGGCGCGCUGCUCAGUAUGGCGGGGAAAAUUUCAAGAAAAGAUUUCCGGAGCAAGUUCAAGACAAUCCAGGAAAUUCCGUUUUCGUCGGAGACUAAAACGAUGACAGUUAUUUGCGAGAACACUGAGAAUAAUGCGGGAAAAUGUGAGUACAUGAAAGGUGCUCUGGAAGGUGUACUCAGUAGAUGCAGGCUGUACCGUCAGCAUGGUCAACCUGUUCCCCUAGAGGGGUCAACCGUGCCGGCAGACAUGGUCAGACACGCCGCAGAAUUAGGAGGCCGAGGACUACGAGUACUAGCCCUGGCGUACGGUCCUGGAGCUGGAUCUCUUGUAUUCGCUGGAUUAGUUGCUAUGCAAGAUCCGCCCAGAUCCAAGGUUCCUGAUUCCAUCAGCACACUAGCAGAGAGCGGAGUCAGAACACUGAUGCUAACUGGAGACGCCAAAGAAACAGCAAUUGCAAUUUCUCGUCAAAUUUGCCUGUUAAGUGAUAAAUCGACAGCCAGAGGCUCCGCGUUAUCCGGAUCCGAGAUUGACCGACUCAGUGAGGCUGACCUCAAGACGGUGGUGAAGUCGGCCUCUGUUUUUUACAGGGUCACUCCGAGACAUAAAGUUAGAAUUGUAAAGGCGCUUCAGGCGCACAAUCUUAUUGUUGCUAUGACCGGUGACGGUGUCAACGAUGGCGUGGCGGUCAGAUGUGCUGACGUCGGAAUCUCAAUGGGUAAGUCCGGUUCUGACGUCUGCAAAGAGGCCAGUGACGUCAUUCUGCUGGACGACGACUUUUCCACCAUCCUGUCCGCCAUUGAAGAGGGAAAAUCUAUUUUCUACAAUAUUCGGAACUUUGUCCGAUUUCAGAUGAGCACAAGUAUUGCCGCGCUCUCCUUGAUCACCUUGUCAACGUUAAUGGAUGCCCCCAACCCUCUGAACCCUAUGCAGAUUCUCUGGAUUAAUAUAAUUAUGGACGGCCCCCCGGCACAGAGCCUUGGGGUGGAGCCGGCAGAUCCGGAUAUCAUGAAGAAACCUCCAAGAGAUACAAAGCAAGCCAUGUUGUCUCGUGACCUUUUGAUCAACAUCGUCUUGUCUGCGGUCAUCAUCGUCUGCGGGACCUUGUACGUGUUCAAGGAGAUGAUGGAGGACGGAAAGAUGACCGCCCGGGACACUACGAUGACCUUUACCUGCUUUGUUUUCUUCGAUAUGUUCAACGCUCUGUCCUGCAGAUCUCAGACGAAAUCUGUGUUUACAAUUGGUUUGUUUACCAACAAAGCGUUCUGCCUGGCAGUCCUGUUUUCGCUGGUGGGUCAGCUUCUGGUUGUGUACGCUCCCCCCUUGCAGUACAUUUUCCAAACUGAGGCUCUAGCUUUACAAGAUUUACUUUUCCUUGUUGCACUGACCUCGUCUAUUUUUGUGUUCUCCGAACUGAAGAAACUUACAGAAAAUUAUCUACACCGCCGACGGAAGAAAAUUUCAAGAUCAGAUUCAGUCAAAUCUCUAAUCUCUCUUGUAUAGACCCC